GGAAAUGCAGGUGAACUUCUUGAGCAAGCUGGUUUCCUUGAGACCAGGAAGCACUGUCCAGAAAAUGAUAAGUGAUGUGAUGCAUGGGAAAAAUGAAGGUGCAGACAAUGUAGAUAGUGGGGAUGAAGAUCCCAACAGCGAACAGAAUACUCUUGGUGGUUUUGCAGGAAGGGGAAGUGUCACAGGUCGCAGGCCACGCCCUGUUCGCCCUGGCAUGUUUCUUGAAACCGUUUCUAAGGUCCUGGGUGGAAUCUAUUCAGGGAACGUAUCUGGAAUUACAGCUCAACAUUUAGAAUGGGUUCACCAGAAGACUCUUCAAAUUUUGCAAGAAAUGGCAUUCUAGUUUGCUGUGUCAGUUGAGGCCAAAGAAAAAUGAAAGCAACUACAAAUAUCCAAUUGAUCAGCAACUCAAAACGACAUCAAUAUAUAUAUAAAACCAUGUGUAAAUCAGGUUCAGCAUGUUGCUUAUCUUCAAAUGAUUCGUCCGAUUGUUGUCUCCAGUCUAGUAAAUGUAAGAACUGAUUCAGUCGGGGACUGUAGUAGACCAGCCAUCUUGUGAGAUUUUAGAAGAGAAUCCUUGAAGCAACACUCGAAUGUUUCUGAGGGGCUCUAUUGAUUAAGAAUACUUCAUGGUAACCAAGGAUCUGGUUAUCAUCUUCAGGCGCCUCCUCAACAUUCAAGCAGUAUCAGUCCACAUCUCCCAGGAGAGGAAGAAGCAGAACAGAGGUCAACCGGCUCGGUGGCAUCCAAAUGAGUUUUUCUUGGAAAGAUGUGUAUAUUGGCAGAUAUGCCAGGAAUUAAAUUUAGUGUGAUAGACAUGUAGCAGUAGUGCACACUGAUGUAGCUGUGAUUUCAUGUGAUUUGUGGUAUUCCACAUAAAUUGUGGUAUUUGACAAAUGAGUCCAACUAUUGGUGCACACAUGACCAGAUUUGGUUUCCGACAAAGCCAUGAUUCAUGCGCAGUGCAAAUGUUUGAUAUGUCUUUACUCAA